AUGAUCCAAUCUGUCGUGUCUGGUAAAACGCCAUCUUACUCGUUGGAGUCGAAGCUUGGGGAGUGCAAGCGUGCGGCAUUUAUCAGGAGAGUGGCCUUGGAGAGGGUAACGGGCAAGUCUCUUGACGGUUUGCCGCGACGGCUUGAUUACGAAUCCAUAUUUGGACAGUGUUGCGAAAUGCCGGUUGGUUAUGUCCAAAUACCUGUGGGUAUUGCUGGCCCGAUGUUGCUGGACGGAAGGGAGUUUUGGGUUCCGAUGGCGACCAUGGAAGGGUGUCUUGUGGCUAGCACCAACAGGGGUUGUAAGGCCAUUUAUGCCUCCGGUGGAGCCACCAGCAUCUUACUCAAGGAUGGCAUGACUCGAGCACCGGUCGUCAGGUUCGGCACCGCGAGAAGGGCGGCCGAUAUGAAGUUCUUCUUGGAGGAACCACGGAACUUCGAGACUCUUGCCUCGGUUUUUAACAAAUCGAGUCGAUUCGGGAGGCUUCAGAAAAUCCGAUCUUCGAUUGCAGGGAAGAAUCUAUACAUAAGGUUCACUUGUAGCACCGUCGAUGCAAUGGGAAUGAACAUGGUCUCGAAAGGCGUUCAAAACGUUUUGGAGCAUCUCGAGUCCGACUUUCCCGACAUGGACGUUAUCGGCAUCUCCGGCAACUAUUGUUCCGAUAAGAAACCGGCGGCCGUGAAUUGGAUAGAGGGAAGAGGCAAAUCGGUGGUUUGCAAGGCAAUCAUAAAGGAAGAAAUCGUGAAGAAUGUGCUGAAGACGGAUAUAGCUUCGUUGGUGGAGUUGAACAUGCUCAAGAACYUGGCCGGAUCCGCCAUGGCYGGUGCUCUCGGUGGGUUCAACGCCCACGCYAGUAACAUCRUGUCRGCGGUGUACCUUGCCACCGGCCAAGAUCCGGCCCAGAACAUCGAAAGCUCCCACUGCAUCACCAUGAUGGAAGCGGUGAACAACGGCAAAGACCUUCAUGCGUCUGUAACCAUGCCGUCAAUCGAGGUUGGGACCGUGGGUGGUGGAACUCGGUUGGCUUCACAAGCGGCAUGCCUUAACUUGUUGGGAGUUAAGGGUGCAAACAAAGAAUCGGCUGGAUCAAAUGCAAGACAGUUGGCUAAGGUGGUCGCUGCCGCGGUUCUAGCCGGAGAGUUGUCUCUCAUGGCGGCACUCGCGGCAGGACAACUCGUCGAUAGCCACAUGAAAUACAACCGCUACGGCAAAGAUGUUAUCGUUGCGAAAUCUUAA